AGGAGACGAGGGUGACGUGGAAGCUCGCAGACAGGCGCUCUCGGAUCUCUCCCUCACUCCCCACUAUUGGCCUCCAUUCUUUUUUCCGUUUUCUGUUCUGGCCCUGGCUGCUGAGCUACAUGCUCUCCUGGUAAACGCACGCUCCUGUGGAUGCUAGGCGAACUCCUAUCAAAGGAGACCCACGUUGUUGUGGAGAAUCUGAGGGUCAUUGCUGUUCUGAAGAUUUGACCAGUGCUGAAGACGGCCAUCGUGUCACCGGCUUGUGGGCCUGUCGUCUGUCCAUCAUACCCUUCCCUCUCCACCCCUUUCCCUGGCCUAGUGCCACCCUCGUCCACCCAGCGCGGCCCAUGACCGUCGACCGACCAACAUGGCGUUCUCGUCUCGCUUUUCGUUCUGGGAGCAGAAGGUCAAAGAGGAGACCAAGCCCAAGUCCUCAAAAGAUAGCUCUGACAGCGAUGGCAGUCUGAGCAGUCGCACCCAGUCAGUUCCUAACCUAGAGCCUGGCAGAGGGCUGCUGCGUGCCACGAGCCCCCUGCCUUCUCAGGAUGCCCCCGGUCAGGGUAGGCAGCGAAUGAGGAGCCCCUCGCCCAAUAAGAUGAGGCCCACGUCACUCAAGAGCACUGAACCGCCCAGAAUGCCAGAGCGCUUUAGGAGUCCUGAGACAGCCAGAGAACCUAGGGGCUCUGAGCCAGUGCUUAAUGGGGACAGCAGGCCCAAUGGCACGCUCAAUGGAACUGUCAAACCAGUCAGUGCCAGCCAGCCAGAACUUACCGAGGACCAGGGUUUGACCCGCAAGAAGGUUGUGAAGGUGGUGCGGCGGGUGGUGAGAAAAGUCUUACCGCAAGAGGAUGAGAGUUCAGGUACUCCAUCCAGUGCUGCUCAGUCAAUAAACAAACCCAACCCCUUUGAGCUGGUAAAAUCGAUCUCUGAGCCGCCCAAGCCUGCUGUUGUGCCACCCAAACUAGCAGCCCCAGUGUCGGUACCCAAAAUGGUCAAACCGCCCGUCUUCUCCUUCAAACAUGACACCAUUAAGCAGGAAGAGAAAGACGACAUUUCUGCCGGCCUAGCCAGCCUGAUGGGACGCGGCCGACUCCGGGAUCCCCGCCCACGAUUCCGCAAAGAGGAGCCACCUGAAAAAGACGAAGAGAAGAAAGAGCAGAAGACUGAGGAGAAAGUGGUGGAAAAAGAGGCCGCAAAGCCAGCUCAGGAGAAAGCUGUGCCAAGGACUGUAGGAAACGUGGCAAAACAGGAAGAGAAGUCUACCCCAGCGACAACUGCAGUGUCUACCAGCCCGCCUGCGACUAAUUCUGCUCCAUCAAGGUCUGUUUUCUCUCCCAUUCCUGGAUUUAUCCCUGCACCCAAACCCUACUCCUUGGCCCCUCCACCAGGAUUCACUCCUGUCCCCAAACCUGCAACCACAGGCCCGUCGAUUGUGCCUGCUACCAAACCUCCAACCCCACCUGCAGGGUUCAUUCCAGCCUCCAAACCCUCUACCGUCACCACCACCUCAACAACGGUGUCAGCUGCAUCCAAGACUACGAUGGCCACCACAAAAUCACCUACAACUUCAUCUGUCUCUGCCUCUAAACCUGCUACUGUCUCCAUAACAGCUCCAACUGCAGCUGCAUCUAAACUUGCCACUACCCAAGCAUCAACAUCUGUCUCCGCUCCUAAACUUACCACUACUCCGACAGUGACACCAACUGUCUUUGCACCUAAGCUCAGCUCUGCUGCGACAGCCCCCAAACCCACUACCACCACUGCCACCACCGGCAGCAGCACCACCACUACAUCAUCGGCUGGGUCUGUAAUCACCUCCAGACCAAGUCCCCCAGCUGGGUUUGUUCCAGCGCUCAAAUCGUCCCCUCUCUCCCCUCCUGCUGGUUUCGUUCCAGCGCCCAAACAAAGCCCCAUGUCUCCGCCGCCUGGAUUUGUUCCUGUCUCCAGACAGCCUGCUGUGAAGAAACCAGAGGUGAAGAAAACACCCACGUUGUCCUCAGCCCUGGCUGGGAAGCCCACACUUGGCACCAUUUCUAAAGUUUCUCCAUCUGCGUCUGUUACUGCGAGUCCGAAGGUGGCGCCGCUGAGUCCCACUGAAGAAGCUCAGAGACGCCUCGAAAGGAUCUUCAAUAUACCUCUGGAGCCGGUGGCCCCUGCUCCGGCCCCCACACAGGUACUGUGUCCAUCUGGGGAAGCCCCCGCGCAGUCUGCCCACCCCCCCUCCUCCUCUCCCCUCAGCCUGACCGGAGUGUGCGCUCGAGUAGCCUGCUGGAGCGCUCAGGUGGAGGAGGACCCUGUGGCCAUCCUACAGGCGGCCCACGCUGCCGCCGCUCAACCUAAGGUGAAGACCGAAGAGCAGAUCGCCGCGGAGCAGGCAUGGUACGGCUCCGAGAAAGUGUGGCUGGUCCACAAGGACGGCUUCUCCCUGGCAACGCUGCUGAAGACGGAGGCUGGGAGCCUGCCGGAGGGCAAAGUGAAGAUCAGACUGGAGCAUGACGGGACGGUGCUGGACGUGGACGAGGAUGACGUGGAGAAGGCAAACCCUCCGUCGUUUGACCGCUCAGAGGACCUGGCGUCGCUGCUGUACCUGAAUGAGUCCAGCGUUAUGCACACCUUGCGUCAGCGCUACGGGGGCAACCUCAUCCACACCCACGCCGGGCCCAACAUGGUGGUCAUCAACCCCAUCAGCGCCCCCUCCAUGUACUCAGAGAAGGUCAUGCACAUGUUUAAGGGUUGUCGACGGGAGGACACGGCCCCUCACAUCUACGCCGUGGCGCAGUCGGCCUACCGCAACCUGCUGACCACACGCCAGGACCAGUCCAUCGUGCUGCUGGGCAAGAGUGGCAGUGGCAAGACCACCAACUGCCAACACCUGGUGCAGUACCUGGUCUCCAUCGCUGGCAGCACUGGCAAGAUCUUCUCAGCUGAGAAAUGGCAGGCAGUCUACACCAUCCUGGAGGCCUUCGGGAACAGUGCCACGGCCAUGAACGCCAACGCCAGCCGCUUCUCCCAGAUCGUCUCUCUGGACUUUGACCAGGCCGGCCAGGUGGCCUCUGCCUCCAUCCAGACCAUGCUGCUGGAGAAGCUGAGGGUGACGAAGCGCCCGGAGGCCGAGUCCACCUUUAAUGUGUUUUACUACAUGAUGGCUGGAGCGGACAGCACGCUCAGGACCGAGCUGCAUUUCAACCACUUUGCCGAGAACAGUGCAUUUGGAAUCGUGCCUCAGUCGAAGCCUGAGGACAAACAGAAGGCUGCUCAGCAGUUCACCAAGCUGCAGGCGGCCAUGAAAGUGCUGGGCAUCUCGCUGGGCAUCUCGGCCGACGAGCAGAAAGCUCUCUGGCUCAUCCUAGGGGCCAUCUACCACCUGGGCGCCGCUGGGGCCACCAAAGAGGCAGACGAAGCCGGACGGAAGCAGUUUGCCCGUCACGAGUGGGCGCAGAAGGCCGCCUACCUGCUGGGCUGCACCCUGGAGGAGCUCUCGUCCUCCAUCUUCAAGCACCAGGCCAAGGGCACCCUGCAUCGCUCCGCAUCCUUCCGCGGGGGACCGGAUGACCUGGGCUCAGGGGACAGCUCAGGACCCAAGAGCACGGCGCUGGAGUGUCUGGAGGCCAUGGCAUCAGCCCUCUACUCUGAGCUCUUCACUCUCGUCAUCUCCCUCGUUAACCGAGCACUGAAGGCGAGCCAGCACUCCCUGUGUUCCCUGCUCAUUGUGGACACGCCAGGGUUCCAGAACCCUCGCCUUGCCAAGCGCGAGCGCGGCGCCACCUUCGAGGAGCUCUGCCACAACUACGCCCAGGAGCGGCUGCAGACCCUCUUCCACGAGCGCACCUUUGUGCAGGAGCUCGAGCGCUACAAGGAGGAAAACAUAGAGCUUGCGUUAGAUGACAUAGAGCUCAGUACAUCUAUGUCUGUAGCUGCUGUAGACCAAGCCUCAACUCAAGCGCUGGUGCGUACGUUGGCCCGCACCGAUGAGGCUCGUGGACUGCUGUGGCUGAUGGAGGAGGAGGCCGUGCUGCCCGGCGGCUCAGAGGAGACGCUGCUGGAUAGACUCUUCAGCUACUACGGCUCCUCAGAGGGAGACGGCAAAGGUAACACCCUCCUCCUGAAGAGCGACAAGCCGCAUCACUUCCUGCUUGGCCACGGGCACGGCACGGACUGGGUGGAGUACAACAUGCAGGGCUGGCUGUGCCACGCCAAGCAGAACCCGGCCUCCCAGAAUGCUGCCACCCUUCUGCAGGACUCCCAGAAGAAGAACAUCAGUGGCUUGUUUAUGGGUCGCUCUGGCGGGGCCACGGUGCUGUCGGGCUCCAUCGCUGGCCUGGAGGGGGGCUCCCAGCUGGCCCUGCGCCGCGCCACCAGCAUGAGGAAGACCUUCACCACCGGCAUGGCCGCCGUCAAGAAGAAGUCCCUCUGCAUCCAGAUCAAGCUUCAAGUGGAUGCGCUGAUUGACACAGUGAGGAGGUCCAGGGUGCACUUUGUCCACUGCCUGCUGCCCAAAGCGGACGCCCUGAGCGGGGACCUGAAGCUGGUCGGGGGCCCGUCGCCCCGCGGCAGUGAGUCCGAGGCCCACGGCGAGAGCUGCGACACGGGCCUGAUGCAGCUGGACGUCGGCCUCCUGAGAGCGCAGCUCCGGGGCUCCAAGUUGCUGGACGCCCUGAGGAUCUACAGGCAAGGUUACCCUGACCACCUGGUCUUCUCCGAGUUCCGCAGGCGCUUCGACGUCCUGGCCCCCCAUCUGACCAAGAAGCACGGACGCAACUUCAUUGUGACCGACGAGAAGCGAGCGGUGCAGGAGCUGCUGGAGUCCCUGGAGCUGGAGAAGAGCAGCUAUCAUAUGGGACUGAGUCGGGUGUUCUUUAGGGCAGGGGUCCUGGCUAAGCUGGAGGAGCAGAGAGACAUCCAGACCCGGCGGAACAUCACCCUCUUCCAGGCGGCCUGCCGGGGCUACCUGGCCAGACAGUCCUUCAAGAAGCGCAAGAUCCAGGACCUGGCCAUCCGCUGCAUCCAGAAGAACAUCCAGAAGAACCGCGGGGUGAAGGGCUGGCCCUGGUGGAAGCUCUUCACCACCGUGCGCCCGCUCAUCCAGGUGCAGCUCAGCGAGGAGCAGAUCCGCGGCAAAGACGAGGAGAUCCAGCAUCUGAAGGGCAAACUGGAGAAGGUGGAGAAGGAGAGGAACGAACUGAGGCUCAACAGCGAUCGCCUUGAGAGCAGGAUUACAGAGCUGUCGUCGGAGCUUGCUGAUGAGAGGAACACGGGCGAUUCGGCCUCACAGCUGCUGGAGUCAGAGACCUCAGAGAGACUGCGCCUGGAGAAGGACAUGAAGGACUUUCAGGCCAAGUUUGACAGCAUGAAGAAGCAGAUGGAGUCGAUGGAGAUGGAGGUGAUGGAGGCUCGGCUCAUCCGCGCCUCCGAGCUGAACGGCGAGAUGGACGAUGACGACACCGGGGGCGAGUGGAGGCUGAAGUACGAGCGCGCCAUCAGGGAGAUCGAGUUCACCAAGAAGAGGCUGCAGCAGGAGUUUGACGACAAGCUGGAGGUGGAGCAGCAAAACAAGAGGCAGCUAGAGAGAAGGCUGACGGACCAGCAGGCGGACAACGAGGAGGUGCAGCGAGUGGCGGCGCAGCUGAAGAAGAAGUGCCAGCGUCUGACCGCCGAGCUGCAGGACACCAAGCUGCACCUGGAGGGACAGCAGAGUCGCAACCAUGAGCUCGAGAAGAAGCAGCGCAAGUUUGACUCUGAGCAGACGCAGUCUCAGGAGGAGGUGCAGAGGGAGAGGAGUCAGAGGGAGAAGCUGAGCCGAGAGAAGGACAUGCUGACCGGAGAGGUCUUCAGCCUCCGGCAGCAACUGGAGGAUAAAGACCUGGAGAUGUGUGCUCUGAACCUGAAGGUGGAGCAGCUGGAAGCGGAGCUGCAGGACCUGUCAUCGCAGGAGACCAAGGACGAGGCCUCGCUGGCCAAGGUCAAGAAGCAGCUGCGCGACCUGGAGGCCAAGGUCAAGGACCAGGAGGAAGAGCUAGACGAACAGGCUGGCACCAUUCAAAUGCUGGAACAGGCCAAGCUUCGUCUGGAGAUGGAGAUGGAGAGGCUGAGGCAGACCCACUCCAAGGAGAUCGAAAACAAGGACGAGGAAGUGGAGGAAAUCAGACAGUCCUGCAGCAAGAAGCUGAAGCAGAUGGAGGUGCAGCUGGAGGAGGAGUACGAUGACAAGCAGAAGGUGCUACGCGAGAGGAGAGAUCUGGAAUCCAAGCUGAUAGCCGCCCAGGACCAGGUGAGUGUCAGGGACGUGGAGACCGAGAAGCGUCUGAGGAAGGACCUGAAGCGCACCAAAGCCCUGCUGGCCGACGCCCAGAUCAUGCUGGACCACCUGAAGAACAACGCCCCCAGUAAGAGGGAGAUCGCCCAGCUCAAGAACCAGCUGGAGGAGUCGGAGUUCACGGGCGCCGCCGCAGUCAAAGCCCGCAAGGCUAUGGAGGUGGAGAUCGAAGACCUGCACGUCCAGAUGGAUGACAUCUCCAAAACCAAGCUCGCCCUGGAGGAGCAGUUGAGUCGUGUGCAGCGGGAGAAGAACGACCUGCAGUCUCGCAUGGAGGAGGACCAGGAGGACCUCAACGACCUCAUGAAGAAGCACAAGGCCGCCGUGGCACAGUCCUCUCAGCACCUGGCCCAGAUCACAGACCUGCAGACCCAACUGGAGGAGGCCCUGAAGGAGAAGCAGGACGUCCAGGAGAAGCUCCAGUCGCUGCAGAGCCAGCUGGAGUUCCAGGAGCAGUCCAUGGUGGAGAAGUCGAUGGUCAGUCGGCAGGAGGCCAAGAUCCGCGAGAUCGAGACCAAGCUGGAGUUCGAGAAGACGCAGGUCAAGCGCCUGGAGAGCCUGGUGGCGCGUCUGAAGGAGAACGUGGAGAAGCUGACGGAGGAGCGGGACCAGCGUAGCGCCAGCGAGAUCCGCGAGAAGGAGCAAAACAAGCGCUUCCAGCGGCAGAUCCGCGACAUCAAGGAGGAGAUGGCCGAGCUGUCCAAGAAGGAGGCGGAGGCCAGUCGCAAGAAGCAUGAGCUGGAAAUGGACAUCGAGAGCUUGGAAGCAGCCAAUCAGAGCCUUCAGGCAGAUCUGAAGCUGGCCUUCAAAAGGAUCGGCGACCUGCAGGCCGCCAUUGAGGACGAGAUGGAGAGCGACGACAACGAGGACCUCAUCAACAGUUUACAAGAUAUGGUGACUAAGUAUCAGAAACGAAAGAACAAAACUGAGGGGGAGUCGGGCUCCGACUCCGAAGUGGACGAUCGCGUGGACGGGGUGAAGUCGUGGCUGUCUAAAAACAAGGGCUCCGCCAAGAACCUGUCAGACGAUGGGAGCCUGAAGAGCUCAAGAUACGCUGCGAACGUUGACGCAAAGGAAGGGAAAGAAUGGAAAGAGGGUAAGGAAUGGAGAGAAAGUGGGAAAGAAGGUAAAGAGGUAGAACAGAGCAGGCCAGUGUCUGUCAUGAGUUCGCUAAGCUACAGGAAGCGCUCCAACAUCAAGGACUCGAUCGGGGGCAAAGGGGACGAUGGCUCCCUCUUCAGUACCCUGAAGGACCAGUCCCAGGACUCCCAGGAUCUGUCGUCCUUCCGAAAGGGCAAGGGCAAGGCGGCCGACGGCCAGGACGACUCUUACUCGGUGAGCUCCUGGAGGUCUAAGUCCAAGGUCGGGGACGACCUGGACGACCGCGGCUCGGUCAUCUCGCAGGCCUACUCGGAGGCCAGCCGACGGGCCAGGGAGGGCCUGGAGAGCCGCUGGUCCGAGUUCGACAAGGAGUCGGUGGUGUCGUCGCUGGCCCCGAGUCGAGCGUCCACCCGCCGCACCGUGCUGGACCUGUACGACGAGGAUGACUCCAAGUCUACGCUAAGCGUGGGGCGGUCCAGCCCCCGGAGUCGACGCCGUAGCAUGUCCCGCCUGGAGGGACGCUCGCCUGUCUCUCCGACCCCCAGCCGGCGGUCGGACGGAGGCGGCCGCAGCCCCGGCAGCGUGAGCCGCGCCGACUCGCGCAUGUCGGCGGCCCGCAGCUGUCGGCUUAGUGAGUUCGGCCUGGACGACGACAGCCGCAGUGUAGCGUACAGCGACGCGCGCUCCUCCGCCUACAGUCCCUUCUCCAGUGGCCGCAGCAUCUCCAUGCCGCCCCAGGCCCGCGCCACCGACAGCAGCCCCCCAGACACCUCCGACGUCAAGCCCGUCACCCACCGCAACUACCUGGACCCCGACCUGGAGAAGGCCAUCAACGAGGUGCUCAGCUUCAAGCCCAUCAAGUUCAAGCGCACCAGCCUGGAGGACUCGGAGGCCGAGGCGGGCAGGAAGAAAGACCCGGAGGAAGACGCCGGCGGGAGGAAGAGCAACCUGCGGCGUUCGGCCUCCGCCGUGGACUUCAUGCGGUCCAGCAGCAGCAUGAGCACGCGCAGCGGCCGCAGCAGCAGCAGCAGCAAGUCCAAGUCCAAGAAGAAGAAGAAGCGGAGGAGCCACAGCAGCGACUCGGACAGCUCCGGCUCGGACGACGGACGCCGCUCCUCCAAGAGCUCCAAGAAAAAGUCCAAGAAGUCCAAGAAGAAGUCCAGGAAGGCCUCCUCGUCCUCUUCGUCCUCCUCAUCCUCCUCCAGCUCGGAGUCGGACUCCAGCUCCGGAGCGUCCACUAUAUCCUACCGCAGCACCAACAGCAUUAAGAAGGCCCCCAGUAGCAAACCAGCGUCCGGCUCGGAGGAGGAAGACCCUCAGGGCCUCGGGGACGAAGCACCGUCUCUCAGCAAGAAGGACGUGAAGAAGAGGAAGAAGAAGGUGGACAACGUGAUGAUGAAGUACCUGUACCGGCCCGACAGUGACUAGCGGCAAUAGACGGCACCCUCCUUCACGAAGACGCUUCUGCUAUGAUCGAUCUGAUGAAGAGGAGGAGGAAGAAGAAAAGGAAGAGGGUGGCGCAUCCCGAAGCUCCUACCGCUCCAGAUACACACGCAGCUACCUGAACGACAGCGACAGCGAGG